AUGGCGCGUCGUCGCGCUCGCGAUGAACCUCAAGAGGAGGUCGAGGUUGAGGAGGAACAAGGAGAGGAGCUCGUCAGUCUUCAAUUCGACGACGAAUUGACUUGGAAGCCCGGAAAACCCAUUCCCACUACCGAGCUUCUCAACCGUCUGCAGGCUCUGUCCGAGGAGCUUGGUGGUAUGGAUCAGGACGCUGUGGAUGUUGAAUCUCUCAAUGACGUUGCUCACGCUCUGGGACAACGGAAUCUGCUCGCUCACAAGGACAAGGGCGUGCGAGCCUACGCGGCUGUGUGUAUUGCAGACAUUCUGCGCCUGUGUGCGCCUGACGCGCCGUUUACAGCGGACCAGACCAAGAUGUUCUUCAAUCUGGUCGUAACGCACGUUUUCCCUUCGCUGAGCGAUCAAACCCACCCUUAUCACAGCCAGCACAAAUACGUGCUCACGGCAUUGACCGACGUCAAAAGCAUCCUCUUAAUUAAUGACAUUGACGGCGCCGAUGACUUGCUUUUGAAGCUUUUUUCAGUCUUUUUCGAUGGAGUGUCUGGGAGCUCGAAUUCGGGCCCUGAAGAGGGUGUCUCGAAGGAGGUCGGCAAUACUAUGACAGAAAUGCUGAUCGCCCUGGUUGACGAGGCGUCCGGCAUGAACCCCAAAGUCAUUGAAGUCAUCAUGGCCCAAUUCCUCAGAGCAGCGCCCCCCGGUGGCUUCCAGAGCCGCACAGAGCGUAGCGAGCAAAACGGCAAUCAAUCGACCUUGCUACCCAAAGAUGAGCCGCCUGCCUACGUCAUGGCGAAGGAGAUCUGCAAUGUGUGCACGGAAAAGAUGGUACAUUACGUUAGCCAGUACUUCAGCGACGUCAUUCUCGACGCCUCUCGAUUCGCGGCGAAGACGGUUGGGAAAUCGCACGAGGAUGAGGAGGACGAGGAUGCCCCCAGGGGCCCCACGGAUGCAGAAUUGAAGGAACUCAGAAAGGCCCACUAUCUCAUCAGAGAACUCUGGCGCGCCUCGCCAUCUGUUCUGCAGAAUGUCAUACCGCAGGUCGAGGCAGAGUUAUCGGCUGAUAAUGUGGAUCUUCGACAGCUGGCGACCGAAACACUUGGAGAUAUGAUCUCGGGACUUGGUGCUGCUGGACCGCCGCCGCCGCCGGUCUUGGACCCUGCUCAGUACCCCCCCUUGCGCUUGGCCGACGAGGCUCCCAGUCAAAUGUCCGAUAGUGUCCUCACCACACCUCUGUCGCCUCAGUCUUUUGCGCAAACUCAUUCUUCCGCUUAUAACCAUUUCCUGGGGAGGAGAAAUGAUAAGACGGCGACCAUUCGAGCAGCCUGGACCAAUGCAGUCGGUUAUAUUCUGGCCACCUCGGCAGGUGGCAUUGGUCUUAGCCGCGAGGAACAAUCCGAGCUGGUGAAGCAUCUUGGGGAGAAGCUCAAUGAUGGCGACGAAAAGGUCCGGUUGGCUGCCGUCAAAGUGAUGGAGCUGUUUAGCUUCCGCGACUUCGUCUCUAAGCUUGCUGCGCCAGGCGGCGUCGACAAAGACGGUUCUGUUCUCAGCAGUCUUGCUGAUAGGUGUCGCGACAAGCGCACUGCUGUUCGAGUGGAUGCAAUGACUUUGCUCGCGAAGCUCUGGGCUGUUGGAUCAGGGGAGUUGGCUGCUGGGCAGGAGAGCGUCGUUGCCGCCCUGUCUGGCAUUCCAUCGCGCAUUUUCAACGCAUUUUAUGCAAACGACUCCGAGCUCAACAUUCUUCUCGAUCGUGUACUCUUUGAGUGCCUUGUACCGCUGUCCUACCCUCCCAUUAAAACACCCAAGAAUACCAGAGGGGCCUCCCAAAGCUCUCAGAGCGCGGGCGUUGCUGACCAGGACCGCAUUCGUGCGGAGAGAAUUCUACUCCUUACUCAAUCGCUGGAUCCAGCGGCGAAGAGAGCCUUUAUGGCGAUGCAAGGUCGCCAGCCUCAGUUCGCGCAGGUGCUCGAAGCAUUCGUCAAACAGUGCGAGAGCUACAACGGAGGUGUGAUUGACGACAACCGCCCGAAGAUAACGGCAAACCUGGAGAGGACAGUGCAGUACAUCACACAAUUCUUCCCAGACUCCUUCAAGGUGAAGACCGACCUCCAGAAAUUCGCCAAUGCGAAUGACCGGCGUGCGUACCAGCUCGUCAAGUUUUCAGUCAGUGCCGAGAGCGAUUACAAAACGGUUCGACAAGCCAUCAAGGAACUUGUCAAGCGCACCAAUGCAAGCCAAAACUCGACCAUCUUGGAUACGCUUCUGCCGCUUCUCUACAGGUCAGCGUGCUUGCUGUUCAAUCGUAGCCACCUUGCAACGAUUCUCGAUUACUCCAGGAAUGACAAGGACGGCCUGGGCUCCGUAUCCCACGAAAUUCUCAACGAGAUCUCGCAACGCAACCCUGAACUGUUCAAGACUCAUGUGGGAGGGCUGUGCAAGGGGCUCGUUGAGCAAGCUCCCACGGAGACCAACGAGAACGAUUCCAACGUUGUUGAUACACUGAAAGCUUGCGCCUCAUACUCGAAGAAGUACCCAGAGGAGAUUCCUCAAGACCGAAAGUUUUCGCAGGCUCUUGUAAGCUACGCUUUGUACGGCCGGCCUGUGAAGUCUGCCAAGUACGCCAUCAAAAUUCUGCUGGCCAAGGGCGACGACAAGGGUCUUGUUAGCGCAACCAGCUUGUUGGAGAAAAUCAUGGAAGAGUGGACUUACGGCUCAUCACACUUCCUGAACAAGCUGCAAUCUGUUGCACAGCUGGAAUUGCAGGUGCCCAAGAUCACUCUGGAUUCAGACGAUGACAUCCUCAAUAUGACUGUCCAGCAGAUUUUGCUCAAGGUCCGGACAGAUGCGACGGACAAAGACCCCGAGUGGGUGGAGGACGCCAAUGUCGACGAGGAAUUGCAGGCGAAGUGUCUGUCGCUGCAUAUCCUUGUCAACCGACUGCGCAGUAUGGACGAUGUCGAAGAGGCCAAAGAGAAGGCCGUCCCUGUCUUCAAGCUGCUCAAGACAUUGGUCGCCAAGAGAGGUGAGCUCUGCAAGACGAAGGAUACGCCCAAUCACCACAAGUCGCGACUUCGCCUAUUGGCAGCUCAGCUGCUACUGAAGCUAUGCACCAUUAAGCAUUUUGACGAUUUCUUAACACCGGCCGAUUUCAACCGUCUCGCAUUUACAGCGCAGGAUCCUGAACUGACUGUCCGCCGGGGCUUCAUCGAGAAACUCCAGAAGUAUCUCGUCCAGAACAAGCUUCGGGCACGCUUCUACACCAUUAUCUUCUUGACGGCAUUCGAGCCAAGCCCCGAUCUGAAGCAGCGCGUUGAGACUUGGAUUCGAUCCCGGGCUCGCGCAUUGGAGACGAGCGAGCAGCACCCUAUGGAAGCGAUCAUGGGACGACUCAUAUCUCUGCUGGCUCACCAUCCCGAUUUCAAUAAGCCAGAAAAUAUCGACAAUGCCAGUGAGGAGGAACUAAGCUCGUAUGCUAGUGACCUGGCGGAUCACGGUCGCUAUAUCCUGUACUAUCUCACGAACGUGGCAACGGAAGAUAACCUGGGACUGAUCUACAAGUAUGCUGAGAGGGUGAAGCAGACUCGCGAUGCUAUUAGCGCGGAUGCGAGCGAGAAUCUCUACAUUGUCAGUGAUUUAGCCCAGGCUGUCAUCAGGAAAUGGCAGGAGCGGAAGAACUGGACUUUUCAAGCGUUCCCCGGCAAGGUCGGCUUGCCUAUCGGUCUCUACACUGCCUUGCCUUCACACCAGGUCGCCCAGGAGAUUGCUGAGAAGCAGUAUCUGCCGUCAGACAUUGAUGAGAAACUGGAUGGUCUCUUCAAAUCGAUUGAUCGAAAGAAGAAGAGAAAGUCCACGGAUGAUCGUGGAGACCAUCAUCCUGCCAAGAAAGCAAGGUCAGCGCCGAGGGUCAGGGAGCCCAAGGCACCAAAGGAGCCAAAGCCGAAAAAGCAGAAGGUCAAGAAGCCUGCGAAGGUCAAGGCCCCGCGCCGCGAGUCUGAUAUUCCGCUGGAAAAUCGAAGACGCAGCGGUCGUGCUGCUACCACGUCUGCAGUAUCCAAGUAUACGGAACGCGACUCAUCUGACGACGACCGAGAGAUGUGGGACGGUGUCAGCAAGUGGACAUACGAGAAUGAGGAUGGGGAACAGACGGCCGAAGAGGCAACAGACGACGAUGAUGAGUCGUCAGUUCUCUCGGAAGCUCCAGAAGAAGAAAAUGGCGAGGAAACUAAGAAGCCAACGGCUGCUGCGGACAACAGCGGUGACGACUCCCCUUUGUCCGAGGUUGAGGACGUGGCGACGGAAGAGCCAGAGAAGGAGGAAGAGGAAGCAGAUGACGAGGAGGAGCCGGAAGAAGCUACGCCGCCGCCCAAAUCCAACGGGCGGAAGGGCAGGUCGACAACAGCAGCAGCAAAAGCGGCAGCCAAGACUAAGCUGCCAGCCCGACCUGCAGCCAAAGAGAAGCCUGCUCCGAGAGCAACGAGAACAUCGGCGCGAAGCACGCGCGGGAGGGCCGCCCAGGAGUCGAUGGAUGUCGACGAAAGCUAUUGA